AUGGCAGUACCAGAAACACCACGCAGAUCUGGCCGGCAGCGCAAAGCCAAUCCACGAUAUGAAGAUCAAAUCGAAUGGACAGAAGAUAUUGUUCGCACUCUUCGAGCCGAGUCCAACUCACCGGAUCGUUCUUCUGAAAGCUCGGCGCCCGAAUCUGUGCAGAAGACUCACGACGUCAAUUUUGACGACAAUGCUGGACCAGGUGACCUUGUGGAACAUGCUGAAGUACAAGCUGACGCGGAGCUAUCUAAUGCAGCAGAAUCUUCUGUCGCGACAUCCGAAGAAGAUGAGCGGGAGGACGAUCUGGUAAUACGCGACACUCAUCUCAGUCCUAGGUCUGCAGUAGUCCGGCGGCCGAAGCACAAGGAAAUAGCUAGAGAAAAGGGUCUCCGUAGUCGAAUGUUUCCAGAGGGAUCAGAUAAGUUAAGAGGUGCGAUAAGCAAAACAUAUUUUGAUAACUUCGGUCCAGAGCUUCAGGACCUGUUUCCGGUAUUGCGAUCAAGAGAUGUCUGGCAUUUGGAUCCGAGAGACUCGGUCCUCCCAAGCAGAGCAUCCAUCGAGAAGGCCGUUCAGUAUGAGGCACAAGGCAAGUAUCUAAGUCUAAAAGUGACGCAGGAGGACGACAUGGAACAGAAUCCUCGAAAUUCUGCACAAAUCGCCCGUGCUGUUACGAGUCAGAAUACAUACCAGAUAUCUGGUUCGGAAAACAAAGUCAACAACGAAGUGGUACUCGGACCUUGGAAUCAAAGCCAGAAAUACAAAAUUGAGCCAUUGAAGCCAUUUGAUAUCACAGAGGCAUACUCGAAGUCAUCGGUACCUCAACUAGCUGCCACCAGGAAUAGACCUCAUCGAGGAUGGCUCGUCAAUCUUGGUGCUAGACCGCACUGUCUUGCCUGGGCAUCCAUUCGGACAGAUUUACAAUACCUCGCUGUAUCUUUCCGAGGCACGAAGCCACAACGAGACAGCACUGCACAACAUUCGCCUAGGCCGUCGUCAGCCUUUAUCCCUUCUCCUGGCUACCAUUCCAUCAUUCAAAUCUUGAAAGUCGGGGCAGAUCCAGGACAGGCAGAAGAGGCAGCCAGACUGAGUCGCGACUUGGAUAAAGCCCCUCAGCUAUAUCAUCAGCUACAUAUGGAGUGGGGAGAUGUUAUCAAGUUCGAAUGGCUACCGCUUCUUGAUGAUGCUGAAACAACUCAUACACGAUCAUUGGUCAUCCUUUCAAGUGAUGGCAAUAUUCGCAUAGUCAAUAUCGAACUCACGGCAUCUACGAUCCAAUACAUAGAAAAGCCUCAUCUGAUCGCUGAGCCACCCACUGGCACAAUCUUCACCUGCUUCUGCACACCAUCACCCAUAGAUCUCAUAGCUGGUGACACGAUAGGAAAAAUCCAUCUCUUCGUAAUCGACAAUUCAUCGAGCACUUCAUUAACUGCAUACACCACAAUUCAUAUCCAUCACACCUACAUCAUGUCGCUGACCACAGUAACCGACCACCCGACCUUCCUAGCAUCUCAGUCAGCUGCCGGCGAGAUUAUACUCACAGAUCUCCGCGCGCCAUCACAAGAUCGUGUAGUGACCCGCAAAGCUCGCCUCCCAACUCGAAACCUGGCAUAUUAUCCGUUUGCACGCAGCUUCCUUACCACCUCUGAUACGUCAGGCAACUCGGAACCGUCAGGCACAUCCCUAAGCACUGUCGUCAGCCACAGCAUGAGACACUUCAAUCAAUACAACACGCUACUGAAGCUGCCGGAGUGCAGCGGUAUAUGCACUUCAUUGGCAGUCAGUCCGUUUCACCCAAUUGUGCUGGUGGCGAAUGCUUCGGGGAGUGUGUUUGCGAGCAACUGUUUAAAGAGAAUGCUGCCCAUUUCGCACUUUGCCAAAGGCGAGAAAAUCCUGAGCUGGAUGGUGAAGAUUUGGGAAGUGGAAUGGAGAGAAUUGGAAGUGGAAGAUGGACACGCAGUUAAAGAAGUAAGUACAAUGGAGCUGGACAAUCCAGCAGCUACGGACAAUUCGUGCGAUUUAGAUAAGAGGCAGGACACGUCGACACUAAAUGGCUCGGACCUUGCUGCCCCAACUCAAGAUUAUGGGCCUCAGGACAACCCAGCGACAGAGCCCAUCGACAUCUUCUACGGUCGUCCGACUCGCAGAGGCCUCACACGCUUCUAUGAAGGGUUUCAACCGGAUAAGGUCGAUCUUGGCCCCAAAGCUCACUCAACAACUGGUGCAACUUCACAAAUCAUUUUACCAGAGGAGCAAGCCGUGACUGCAAUGUGUUGGAAUCCCAAUCCGCGAUUCAGUGGUUGGGCUGCUGUAGGGUGGGGCAGUGGAUUGCUUGUUGUAAGAGACCUUAGCCAUGAUGUCGCGUGA